AUGUGUCUUUGUUUGGAAGCGCAAUUUGAUAGUUCAAUUCUGGAUCGAGCAUUGAUUAUCACUCGAAUUCAACAGCUUACAUCAAUCGUACCGGAUGAGGAAAUUCUCACAUGGGAAUUUUUCAUCCAACGAUUUGAAGAACUUGCUAUCGAAGGUCAACUUCUGGUAAAGAAUGGCGAAUCGAACUUUAUCCACGAUUUAACUCAUUCGGAUCCGUUGAGUGAAUUGUAUCAACGAAAAGUAAGUCGUGCCCGUCAAAUUAUCGAGAAUAGUUCCAAUGCUCGAUCAAUUGUUCGAACCUUACAAAUCAAUUCAAUGUGGCAUCAACUCAGUGCAACAACAUUUCGAUCAUCAUGAAAUUUUUCGCGUUUACGAGAAUUUACGGAUGAUGAGAGCAAUAUGUGUUUAUUAAUGAAUCGAGUGGUUGAUAUCGAUAAUCCGGAACGACAUAUCGUUUACUUGACAGUUUCGCUAUUCGUAUCAUUCCUUUGUAAAAAUAAGAAAAGUGGUGAUGAAAAAGCAACCGCUAAGAAGCAAAGUUUACUUUUUCGACAUUUCAAUGCUCUCAUUGGUUACAGUAACUCCGAGAAAUGCUUUACCAUAUCACCAAAGAUAUUACGGAAAUCAGCAGUAUGCAAUAGUUUUUUAAGUGGCUUGCCGGAAAUUUUGGAUUCUAAUUUGGUAGUAGCAAAUCAGAUUGUGAUGCUUGGCAUACAACUUCUACUUUAUUUGCCAUCUCCUCAAAAAUUAGCCGGUGAUCAACCACUGGCGGAAUAUUCACUUAUCUUAUUGGACAAUAACGCUCGACAUUUUUGGCUCAAUUCAGUUAUUCUUAUACUUUAUAAGUAUCGAUACGAUACGCCACCUCUCAGCGAAUAUUUACGAAAACUUAUUUUAAUAAUUAUCUGUACCCUUGAAACUGAGGUUCAUAUUUGUAAUAUGAGGGCACCACCUGCAAAAAUCGAAAUGGAUCCAUUAUCAAGUUCUGAUGACGAUGACUUAGAAGGUGAUUGUGGCGCUGAUAAGCUGCAUCGACCUGAGACACUCACUGUUCUGUGCUCACAACCUACUUCUGUUGUUGAUGUAAACGAAGGAAAAUUGGAGGUAAUUGAAGAAGAAAGUGUAGCUGAUGAAAAAAAGCAAUCAAAUCGAACAAAACAUCAUUUCUGGAAAACAACAAAUAACGUGAUCAUGGAUAAACGUGCAUAUCGAUGUGGUUAUUGCAAUGAAUUACUUGGAAAUUUUGAUGAAGAAACACUAUCGUUGUGUAUGAUUGCUCUGGAAACGUUUGUUCACCGAGAACCUGUAAUGGCAGCUCCACUUCUCUUCCGUAUUAUCAGUACUGUCACCAGAUUGAUUGAAAGACCGUUCUAUCCGUGGCACGACACACCGAUGUUUGUUGCGGGAAAUUGUCGCAGUGUUGCAAAACAAUUAAUUCGUGUUUUACUACAUCAACUUUCAUCAAGUGGAAUAUUUCUACAAUUAUUUGAUACAAAUAUUGAACGAGUCAAUCAGUUCUGGUCUACAAUAUCAUUUGCUUUAGCUGAUUUUCCUGAAUUAAAUCCAGUUUCUGUUAUUCAAUAUUUGCUUGAAGAUAUCCUGGAAGAUUGGCCUAAUCGAUUGUCUCGAAUUUUAUUUAAUUUGUCAACAUAUGUGAAAUAUGUAUCGCCUGAUGCAUAUUUCUCACAUUGGAGUAUCGUUACUAAUUUACUCGAUUCAUUCUUUAGCCAAUAUCUUUCUAAAAUCCAAGGACAAACUGAUAGAAAUCCGAUUCGUACUGAACUCAAAAAUUGUAUUGGCAUAAUGGUAGCUGUUUUACGAUUGCAUAAUUUUUCUACGUUUAAGAAUUCAAUAUCACUGGUAGAAGGAUUUUCCAGAUGGCUUACGGAAGCAUUACAUGAAUGUAAAGCUGAUUUAUUAGAUCUUCUCGCUGUUUGUACGGCAUGUAAUCGUGCUUUAUUAAGGGAUCGUGAUAAACAAUAUUUGACAAAAGCAAUUGUUUCGGAGCUUGUGCAAGCAUUAAAAUUUAAAUGUGAUAUGAAUGAGCAUAAUUAUAUGACAGUGAUAGAUUUAAUAUUGCAAGAUGCUGGUGAAGAUAUUUCGGAGGAAAUUGUUGAUGAUCAG